AUGACGAAAAUAACAGAUGCAGCAACGAGACAGGCAGUUCAAAGUGCCUAUGACGCCGUUAGAGCAACUGUUGUGGAAAGUCAAGAAAAAGAGUUACAACAGACCAAAACAGACCUAGUAAAUGCUUUCUUAAAAACGAAAAGUCAGGUAGGACAUUAUGCUGCAGAUGGAACAUAUGUGCCAGCUGGUGGAACUUAUAUACCACCAAACCCUCCAAGAGAAGCACCUGCACCAGGACUACCUAAAACAUUUACAUCGUCACAUGGACACAGACACAGGCAUGCACCAAAACCAACAGUUCAAAACACUGCACCACAACCAACAGUUCAAAAUCCAGCACCACAACCAACAGUUCAAAAUCCAGCACCACAACCAACAGUUCAAAACACUGCACAGCAACCAACAGUUCAAAACCCUGUACAACAACCACAAACAGAGCAAGGACAUAAAAGAAGUAGAGAACAAGGAAACCAAGAAUUCUUAAAAAUGCUUAAGGAAGACUAUGGUUACCCAGAUACUCUUGACUUUAGUGACAGAUAUAAAGAAGCUAUUAGAAAGUUCAAGGAAGGAAAUACUGACCCGAACCUAUUUAGCUUUAUGGUUCAGCACCAAAUGGGAUAUAAUUUCAAACCUGGAAAAUACAAGCUCGCUAAGGGAUAUGAUUUAAUAGCAUAUCAUCCAAAUGACAUGGAUGAAUUUACUCCGAGAUAUUUGGUGUCAGAGAUAAAUGAUAAUUCAACUAUCUUCAUGAAACGCGUAAAAAAUAGAGACGGAACGAAAGAAGAAAGGUUUAUGAAUGCGGAUGGCUUAAAUAGGGAACUUUUUAAAAACGGUCUCGGAAUAUAUGAAAUGCCAGCAGAUGAGGUACAAGAAACUCCACAGGAAGAAGUUCAGAUACAACCAGACAUGGAAGAAAUAGUUCAGCAACAACAGCUAGAAGAGCCUGAAGGAAACGAACAAGUCCCUCCUUUGGAAACUAACUUCACAGAACUAGAUGAAGAUUUGGAACAGCCGAAAAAUCUUGACCCUCAACAAGA